AUGUGCCAUGGAAUGGUAGCACCAAAGAGCAACACAGGGUCGUCUCUUGCCUUGACUAGCCAUGGGUUAUUUCGUCUGCUAGUUAUCUUUGGUACCUGUGUCUUGGAAGCACAGGCCGCAGGUUGGCCCAGCAAAUCCAAAGGACCUACAUAUUGUCCCCAGCCACCACAGCCUGAGAAUGGAGGCUAUAAAUGUCACCCUAGCCCUUGCAACAACCCUCUGACUUCAGGCAGUGUCAUAGAGUAUCUCUGUGUUGAAGGCUACAUGCUGAAAGGAGAUUAUAAAUACUUGACCUGUAAGAAUGGAGAGUGGAACCCAGCCAUGGAAGUCAGCUGCAGGCUCAGCCCAGAAAAGGACUCUCCUCCAACAAUUGGAGUACCCACACUGUCCAUAGUAGCCUCCACAGCGAGCUCUGUCGCCCUGAUUCUGCUGUUAGUUGUGCUGUUUGUUUUGCUGCAGCCAAAGCUGAAGUCAUUCCAUCACAGCAGGCGAGACCAAGGUGUGUCUGGAGAUCAGGUCUCUAUCAUGGUGGAUGGUGUCCAAGUGGCCUUGCCAUCCUAUGAAGAAGCAGUGUAUGGCAGCACAGGGAACUUCAUUCCACCCUCAGACUCCCGAGUGCAGAUUGUGCUCUCGGAAGGAGCUGGACAGAAUGGAGCCAGAGAGAUGCAGCAGCCGGACCAAGGGGCUCGCAAUAGCUUUGAAAGAGAAGAUGAAACCCCCGGACAUUCUGGACUGUGUGAAGCCAGUGGCUCUCAGCGCUCUGAAACUGUUCUUGUGCAUCAGGCUGCUACCUCUUCCUGGGUAGCUGGCAUGGCUAGUAGUAGACCUGUACACAAAGAGGUCCAAGAUUCAGAAAGCAGUGACAUACAGAGCCUUUUAUCGCUCACUUCCUCUGAGGAAUACACAGAUGAUAUUCCCUUAUUGAAGGAAGCAUGAGGUCUGCUGUGUUUGUCUAGCCUUCUCCCUCUUGGAUUUCUUCCUUCUCCUCUCCCCUUGUCUUUGGGACAGAAGCACUCUGUGCAGUCUUCCCCGUCCUCGCAAGCUGUACCCUGGAUACCUCCAAGAAGAGAUGCCCUCAGCUGAAGAUCCAAAGGAUGUCGCCAGGUUGCCUCCUGGAUGCACCAGUGGAGUUGGUGCAGUGCUGGCUUCCCCAUUCCAUCAGCAUCAGGGGCUCAAGGAACAGAGUGGAUUUGAGCUCUCCUCUCCUCUUCCCCAGCCAGAUGUUUGACAGCAGUCUCUGAAGAGCUGCUCUUUUCUUGUGCCUUUCUCCUCCUCACACGGCUUGUCGCAGCUUAUCAGCCUUUCUAGCCCUUCUGCUGCCCAGAGACCAGGGGCUAAAACCGCUUGCUCCCUGGGUGCAGACACAGUUU